GCCGCCGCGCUCGGAACCGCGCAGCUCCGCGCCCCGCACCGCGCCCGCCGUACCUGACCCAGCAGCGCGGCGGGGAGCGGCUCCGCGGCCGGCACGGCGUGAGGUCGCACAGAACCAUGAUGAAGCUUCUGCCCAUCAUCCCGCUCCUCCUGCUCCUCCUGACGAUGCUGGAAGCCAGACCAAAACCUGCAGCCCUGAAGUGCAGGACAGGUCCUCUGGACAUCGUGUUUGUGAUCGACAGCUCCCGCAGCGUGCGCCCCUUCGAGUUCGAGACCAUGCGGCGGUUCAUGAUGGACAUCAUCAGCAGCCUGGACGUGGGCCCCAACGCCACACGGGUGGGGGUGAUCCAGUACUCCAGCCAGGUGCAGAACAUCUUCUCCCUCAAGACCUUCUUCACACGGGCGGACAUGGAGAAGGCCAUCAACAGCAUCGUCCCGCUGGCCCAGGGCACCAUGACGGGGCUGGCCAUCCAGUACGCCAUGAACGUGGCCUUCACCACGCAGGAGGGCGCGCGCCCUCUGCACAAGAAGAUCCCCCGCAUCGCCAUCAUCGUGACGGAUGGACGGCCCCAGGACCGUGUCACCGAGGUGGCCACCCAGGCCCGGAACGCUGGCAUUGAGAUCUACGCCGUGGGCAUCCAGCGGGCAGACAUGAACUCGCUGCGCGCCAUGGCCUCGCCGCCGCUGGAGGAGCACGUCUUCCUGGUGGAGUCCUUCGAGCUCAUCCAGCAGUUUGGGAAGCAGUUCCAGGACAAGCUCUGCGGGGUGGACAUGUGCAUGGGACAGGAGCACGGCUGCCAGCACAGCUGCAUCAGCACCCCUGGCUCCUUCUACUGUGAAUGCAACCCAGGCUACAGGCUCAACGUGGACGGAAAGACCUGUUCCUUCAUUGAUGCGUGUGCAGACGGGAGACACGGCUGUCAACACCAGUGCGUCAGCGUUCGUGGGUCGUACACGUGCCACUGCCGUGCGGGUUACUACCUCCACCAGAACAAGAAGAGCUGCACCAUGAUCGAUUACUGCAGCUUCGGAAACCACAGCUGCCAGCACGAGUGUGUGAGCAUCCCCAACGGGCACUACUGCCGCUGCCGCAGCGGGUUCACGCUGCAGCCCGACAGCAGGUCCUGCAGAGCCACUGACCUCUGCAAUGGGGUGGAUCAUGGCUGCGAGUUCAAGUGUGUGAGCACAGAGGGCUCCUACCGCUGCGUGUGCCCCGAGGGCCAGCAGCUCCAGGCCGAUGGCAAGGCGUGCAGCAAGUGUGGGUCUGGACACGUCGACCUGGUGAUGGUGAUUGAUGGUUCCAAGAGUGUCCGGCCCCAGAACUUUGAGCUGGUGAAGCAGUUUGUGAACCGCAUCGUGGACCUGCUGGAGGUGUCCCCGCACGGCACGCGCGUGGGGCUGGUGCAGUACUCCAGCCGCGUCCGCACCGAGUUCCCCCUCAACAAGUACCACAGCGCGGACGAGAUCAAGAAGGCGGUGAUGGAGGUGGAGUACAUGGAGAAGGGCACCAUGACGGGCCUUGCCCUCAAGCACAUGGUGGAGCACAGCUUCUCCGAGCUGGAAGGUGCCAGGCCUCUCUCCCACAACAUCCCCAGAAUCGGGCUCGUCUUCACAGAUGGGCGCUCCCAGGAUGACAUCUCUGAAUGGGCCAGGAGAGCAAAGGAGUCAGGGAUUGUUAUGUUUGCUGUGGGUGUUGGUAAGGCUGUGGAAGAGGAGCUGAGAGCAAUCGCCUCCGAGCCCGUGGAACAGCACUUCUCCUACUCAGCAGACUUCACCACCAUGACCCACCUCGUGGAGAACUUCAAGCUGAACAUCUGCCCAGAGGAAGGCAAAGGGGAGACCGAGAUCCGCAGCCCCUGUGAGUGCGAAGCGCUGGUGCAGUUCCAGACGAACACCGUGGCCAUCCUGCAGAGCCUGACUGAGAAAAAUAUCCUUUGGGGUGAUGCCUGGGCUUGCCGGGAUGCAGGGCAGCCCAGGGACAGACUGCACGUGGGGAGGGAUGGGUAAAUGGGAACAGGGAAAAUCUUAGGGUCCCUCAAGGGGGCUGUCUGGCUCACACUGUUUCCUUAGCACAUUCACUUGCUCAGAUGACAGCCAGACUUGAAGACUUGGAAAAGCAGAUUGCCAAGAAGAAGUGAUCCUUACAGAGGGCUGCAGCGCUCGUACGGGGCACGGGGAUGAACAGUAGCUACAUGGCAUUGUUAUUGCUAGGUUAUUGUAAAGCAUCAGUGUUUGUUCUUGUAUCACAAAACCCCCGGGGGUGUGUGGAGAGUAUUUAAAAUCCCCAAAAUCCUAAAAGAAAAAAACCCAAACCAAAAAAAGAACUUGAGCAAGAGCCCCUGCAGUGAAGCUAAGGGGUUCAGCCAGAGUCAGUGCCUCAGUCCUCUGAGCUGGUAGCUCUGGGAUGAGGUGGGGUGAUUGCGUGGCCAGGCUGGGCUUUGGAAGAGGGUUUAGAUUGGAUAUUAGGAACUAUUUCUUCACUGGGAGGGUGCUCAGGCAUUGGAACAGGCUGCCCAGGGCAGGGCUGGAGUCACCGUCCCUGCAAGUGCUCACACACCGUGUAGAUGAGGCCCUCAGUGCCAUGGG